AUGCCGCUGCCGGACGGCCGCUUCGCCCUCCUCCUCAGCGUCCACAACGCGGUCUGCGACGCCUGGUCCUGCGGCCUGCUGCUGGCCGACAUCCUCGCGCUGUACGCGGACGGCGCCGCGCUGCCGCCGCGGCCGCCCUUCACGGAGGUCGCGGCGCACUACGCGAGGCGGGACGCCCGCGCGCUGUCGGAGCACUGGAGGCGGGCCCUCUCUGGCUUCGACGCCCCUGCGGCCCAGCAGCCCGCGGGGGCGCAGGGAGAGGAGCACGGGCCGCUGACGCUGCGGACCUCCUGGGGGCUGCUGCAGGGCAGGGCCUCGUCGCUCAAGGUGACCACCGCAGCCCUGCUGCACGCCGCGUGGGCGCUCGUGUGGGCGCAGUUCGCUGGCCGAGAGGACGUCGCACUGGGCACCGUGCUGUCGGGGCGCGAGGUGGCUGGCGAGGCGCUGGUGGGCACGACCCUGGCGCUCGUGCCACUCCGGCUCCGCGUGGCGGACCCUGCGGAGCCGCUGGAGGGCCUGGUGGCCAGGGCGCACCUGGGCUUGCUCGACGCCUUGGAAUUCCAGCACUGCUCGCUGCCGGAGAUCCGGAGCUGGGCGGGCGUGCCGCCCGACAGGGCCCUCUACGACUCGGCCGUCAUCCUGGAGAACCACCCGCCGCUGCCCGCAGAGCUGCUGCGGAGGGCCUCCUGCGAGCUCCUCGGCGAAUGGGAGGUCCCUGCUGCCGGCCCCGCGCCGCGGGCCGCCGAGCUGCGGCUCGCGCGCGCGCCGCCCGGGCCGCCGGGCAGCCCGCCCGCGGGGGCGUUGGUGGUCAGCCUCAGGGGCGCGCUUCCGACCCGCUGCCCCGGCGCGCCCGGCGGCGAGGGCUCGUGGCUCCUGGCCACCCUGGACGCCACGCUGGAGCUGCUCGCCCGCCCCGCCGCAGAGGGCGCGGGCACCAUCGGGCAGGCGCUCCGCACGCUGCCCCUGCUGCCCUGGGCCGGCGGCCGCCCUCUGGCGGAGCUCUCGCGGCUCAGCGGCUACUGGCUCUCGCGGCUGCCCGCCGCUGCCGCCGGCGAGGCCGGCGAUGGCGGCUCGGCCCUGGAGCUGGAACUGGACGCCCCUCGUCGAAGGGGCGCGGCGCCCCUGCGGCGGGCGGUCGCCUGGGCGGUGCCGAGCUCCGCGGCGGACGACGGGCUGCUCCUGGCAGCCUGGGCUGCGCUGCUGGGGCAGCAGGCUGGGCAGCGCACCGUGUGGAUCGGGGUGCCGCUCGGCCCUGCAGGGCGCGCCGCCACCUCGGAGGCACCGGCCACGGAGCGCUGGUUCCCGGUGAGGGCGGACCUCGAGGACGCUGGGGGUCUCGAGGCGGCCGCCAGCAGCCUCAGACAGCAGCUGCAGGGCGCCCGCGGGUUUGGCUACGCGCCCCGCGCCGCCGUCGAGCGCGCGCUCCAGCUUCCGCCCUGGAGCCCGCGGGCGCUCUUCUCGCGACGGGCGGCCGGCGGGCAGGCCGCGGCGGAGGCCGCCUGGGCAACCUGCCCAGAGCCGUGCGCGGAGGUCUCCCUCUCGGUGGUCGGUGCCGACCCCGCCGAUGGCGCGAGCGGCCUGAUCGGCUACGACGCAGCCGUCCUCGACGAGGGCUCCGCUCUGCGGCUCGCGCGCCGGUUGGAGGCGCUGCUCGCCGCUGUGGGGCGCCUGGGCCCGUCGGCCCCCCUGCCGGCGCUGCUGGCGCCCCCGGCCGAGCGGCGGGAUUUGCUGCAGCGGCUGGGCGUGGGCGCCUGCGGGCCGCUGCCGGAGGUCGGGGUGUGGGGGUUGGUGGUGCAGCAGGCCCACCGAAGCCCAUUCUCCACCGCGCUCUCGGGGGCCGACGGCACGAGGAUCACCUACCGCGGCCUACUGGCGGCCGCGCGCGCCAACGCGGCCAGGCUCCACGGCCCGCUGGCGGAGGCGGCCGGGGCCCCGCCGUGCGUCGGGGUACUCGCGCACCGCUCGGUCUGGGCCGUCGUGGGCCUGGCCUCCGCCCUGUGCGCGGGGGCCGCCUACUGCCCCAUGCUUCCGACAGCACCGGUGGUGCAGCUGCAGCGCAUGGCAGAGCUGGCCAGCAUCGGAGCCGUGCUCUGCGAGGAGGUGCUGCUGGAGCUCGCCAGCUCACUCGGCGUGAACGCGACUCUCACGCUCGUCGACGGUGUCACGACGGGCACCGCUGGCGGGCCCCACCGUAGUCUCGACGCGGUCGGGCUGGCCUGCCGCUCGCGGCCGAUGUACACGCUCUUCACCUCGGGAUCGACUGGGGAGCCCAAGGCCGUGAGGGCAUCGCAUCAGGCGGUGCUCACCCACCUUAUGCACUUCAUCCCAGAGUACGGCGUCCGCCCCACAGACGUCGGCCUGCAGCACACUGGGCUCAACUGGGUGGCGUCUAUGCCAGAGGUGUGGGCGCCGCUCGUGUGCGGGGCAGCCCUGGCAGUGCCACAGGGCGGGCCCGGCGCCGCCAAGGACCUGGAGGCGCUCGCCAGGUUCGCGCGCGAGGCCGGCGCAUCGCUCGUGCAGUUCGUGCCGUCUGUGCUGGAGGCCAUGCUCCGGGCCGGCGCAGAUCCGUUGGGCCCCGCUUGCCGGCACCUCGUGCUGACAGGAGAGCCGCUGCCCACGGACCUCUGCCGCCUGCUGCUGGGCCGCGCAAGCGCACCGCUGAUCCGGAACCACUACGGGCAGACGGAGGCAGCAGACACCACCACCGUCUACACGGUCGCACGGCCGCUGCCGAGGUCGGCCACGGUGCCCGCCGGGCGCCCUGCGAGGCACCGCCACCUGUGGCUCGGGGACGCGGCCGCCGCUGGUCCGUGCGGCGAGGGAGGCGGCCCCGGCGAGAUCUUGGUGGCUGGCCCGGGUCUGAUGCUCGCGGGCGGCUCUGGCGGCGACAGCGCGCUGGGUGCCGGCUGGGCGCUGCGGACCGGCGACCUCGGGCGCUGGCUGGGCGGCUCGGGCCAGCUCGCCUGCCUGGGGCGCCUGGAUCGCCAGGUGAAGAUACGCGGGCACCGGAUCGAGCUGGCGGAGGUGGAGGCGGCGCUGCGACAGCAAGGCGAGCUCAUCCUCGGGCGUCCCGUGGAGGCCGUCGCGCUCGCGCAGGCUGGCGCGGCAGUCGGCUCGAAGGCGCUCGUGGGCUACGUGCGCCCGCCGGAGCUGGCGAGAGGCGAGAGCGGCGCCGCGCUGCUCACAGCCUGCCGGGCGCGGCUGCCCCAGCAUGCGGUGCCAGAGUCACUGGUCGGCGUCGCCGACUGGCCCCGCGCGAGCACUGGCAAGCUCGACCGCCGUGCACUGCCGCUGCCCUUUGCGCCAGGGCCCCGCGAGCGCGCAGCGGCUGCCAGGGUCCUGGCCGCGGCUCCCGCACCGCCGCGGGCCGCGGCGCUCCGCGCCAAGGCCUGCCAGCUCCUCCGGGCCGCCCUCCUGGGCGCGCUGGCCAGCCGAGGGAGCGUGUGGCGGGCUGCGCUGCUGCCGUACGUGUGGACGGCGUACACGGAGCUGCUCGGUGGCGGGCGCGGCGGGCUGCGGCCGCGAGGGAUUGGGCAGCAGUUGCCCGAGCAGCUGCCCUGGCUGCUCUUCCUGGCCGCGGGCGCGCUCCUGCCGCAGCGGGCGCUCUUCGCCAUGGCCGCCGCGGGCGCCUGGGUCGCAGGAGGGCGCAGGGCUCGCGCCCUGCCGGUGCUGUGGUGGCUCGGGCUGAGCGGCCUCGACGGGCAGCUCCAGUACGAGGCGAGGCACUACUCCUGGUACCUCACGCCGCGCGGCGCGCGCCGCCUGCUCGCCGCGGCCGCGGAGGGCGCCGCGGCGCUUGGCGGCGCGGGCGGCCGCGGCACGAAGCGGCAGGAGCGCGACUGGGACCAGCCGCGGGGCCACGCCAGGUCGCGCCGCAGGCCUGGGCUGGACAAGAUCUGGGUGGACUGCGAGCCCUCCGCCGACGGCCAGGCCCCCUCGGCCAGCGGCGCCGCGGCCUCGCCGGAGUCGCUGCCGCCGGCCGCUAGGCGCCUGCUCGCGGUGCUGGAGAAAGAGGCGGGCCGGAGCCUGGACCUGUCCGCGCCGCUGGCGUCCGUCUUCGACUCUCUGCGGCUGAUGGUCCUCGUGGGCACUGCGCGCCGGGAAGCGGCCGUGCUGCUGACGCUGCGCGACGCCCUCGCCUGCGACUCGGUGGGGGACCUGCUCGUGCUGCCGGCCGUGGCGGCCCCGCAGGAGGUCGAGGCGCCGGCGAAGGCGCCGUUCGCGGGGGAGGCGGAGGCCGCCGCCGACGGAUGCUUCCGCGUGCGCGAGUGGCGGUACAUGUUCCGGCUCUCUGUGUGCUGGUCCCUCAGCGCGACGCAGCCAGUGGACGAGGCAGCUCUGCGGCGGGCUCUGCGCCUACUGGGCGGGCGCCACGAGGCGCUGCGCGCCGGCCUCGUGGACUGCCCCUUGCUGUGCGACCUGGCCGUGGAGGCGGCCGCGAAUCUGUCGCUGUCCCGGGAGCUGCUGCUCUCGGGCGCAAGUUCCUGCGGGCACGCUGGGCGCGGAGGCCGCCUUGACUCCGCACUGCGCCGUGCGCUCGGCGCGGUCGGCCGCGCACUCUACGAUGCCUGGCCGCGGGUGGCGGCGUGCGCCCCCGGGGAGGCCGACGCGCCGCUGGAGGUGCACGACUGUGAGGACGAGGAGCAGCUGGAGCGGCGUGCCGCCUGGCUUCUGGAUGGGCGCAACGCGCCCAAGUUCAUGCGGGGCCCGCUGCACGCGGUGCUGCUACGUCUGCGCGGCCGUGCCCGCGGCGGAGCCCCGGCCGCCCGCCUGUUCUUGGCUGCGAACCACGGCCUCUGCGACGGCUUCUCGGGGCUGGCGCUGCUGCAGGACUUCCAGCACCUCUACGCGGCAGAGCGGGGCCUCGCGGCCGGCCGUGCCGCGGAGUUGCCCGCGCCGCCGCCCAGGAGCGCCUUGCGGGCGCAGGAGGCGCGGCUGCUGCGCGCGCUGCUCGGCGAGCGCGGCGGCGACGCGGUGGAUGUCGCCAGCUACAGCCUGCCGGGCGAGUCGCACGAGGCGUUCGACCACUUCGUGUGGCUGCGAGAGCCGAGCCUGCGCACGCUGGGGCGGGUCGUGGAGCUGCGCCGCUGGUGCUGCACGGUGGAUGUCGCGCUGGUGGCCGUGGUGGCCUGCGCGCUGGCGCGCCAGCGGAGAGGGCAGCCGCUGCGGCUGCGGCUCACGGCGUCCAUGCGUGACGGGCCAGACGAGGGCACGAUGGUGGCGGAUUUUGCCGACGGCCGAGACCUCGACUUUGAGUUCCUGCCAGGCGCGACAGUGGACGAGGUCGCGCUAGCCGUCGCCGCGGCCGUUCGACACCGCAGGUGGCGCGUCCCCUGCGCGGCGGCCGACGACGGUGGUCGCGUGUUCAUGAACAUGCGCCCUCGAAUGGGUGACCUCGGUCGCAAGGGCGUCUGUUCGGACUCGCCGCCCGCGUGGGAGAACGACACCACGUGGCCCCCCGUGCACGGCGAGUGGAACUGGGACAAGCGGACCGUCCACUACCCCCUGUGGAUCAUGGCGGACCAGGUCGGCGACCACGAGUGGGUCCUGCAGCUCAAGGUGCGGUGGUCGGCUCCCGGAGACAAGCACCUGGGGUGGAUGGUGGAGACGGUGCUGCAGGACUUGGCGACCAACCCGUCCACGACCCUGUGGCCGGAGCUGGAGGAAGGGUGA